UUUGGCUGUGGUUCAAUUAACUGGUUAAAAGAAAAAGUUAGCAAGUACCACAAAGUCUAAACUAAACUAGUUCCCACAAUCUCUGAAGACUUAGCAUUUCACAAGAGAAAGUGUGUGUUCCUGAAAUGGUUUCAAAAUUCUUUGGUGGAGUGGAUGAUGGAGGGACUGGGCGUGGAACUAGCCCUAUCUGAACAUCAACCACCUUUUCUUUUUGAAACUGAAAUCAACUUUUUGAUGUGAUCCUCUUUCAACUUGUUAUGUUCAUUUUGGAGUUUCAAUUCAUUGGGUUUCUUGCUUGGGUCUUCUGUAAGUUUUAUAGCUCAUACCGGUCCAAUCUUCUCCGUUGUGCAAAUGGUUGAAAAGAAAUGAUCAUGUAACAGAUGCUCUUUUGACUUCUGGCAAUGGCAAGUGAGUUUCAAAUUCGACAUAGUUCUUUCAGAAGGAUCAUCUGAUAACUGCCCCUUGUAAAUCAAGGAGCAGAAAGUAUGUGGUGAUUGGUUUUUUCUGUUGAAAAGCAUUCCAGACCAGUUGUGUUUAGCAUCAUCGUGGGGGCAAAUCUCCUUUGGCAGUAUAGCUUCCUAUGUUCCAAUCUUGGAAGAGGCAAAUUUAUUAAUUAUCUAGAAUUUAUUUAUGUUCGAAGGUUCAACUGUGUUGGGCAACUCUCCUUUGGCAAAAGUUACUUGAUUUCCUUUGGUUGGAUUCCUGAUAGUAGUAGUAGUAAUAUAUGUGAUAAUUUCUUGUCAUCUUCAUUCUGAGGUUAUUCCACUAGGAAAUCGUCACUUUCACCUGGGCAAAUCUUCUUUGGCAUCUUUUGAUUAUCUUGGUGAGCUGCCUCCUACUUUCAUGGUUUUUCUUCCAGAAAAUAACAAAAAAGGUCUCUGAUAGUUGUAGCUUAUUGAUACUAGUUUUCAUUUUGGAAAGCUCUCUCAAGAGGUUCUUUCUGUGGAAAUUCCAGUUCAAACUGGGCAAAUCUCCUUUGGCAUUUUGGAGUCUUUGAUCGACUUCUGUUAUCCUAUCAGGCAAAUCACCUUUGCCGUCAACUUUCCAGUUUCAGUGGUCAAGAUCAAGACAAUAUUUUAACUUACUACCUGUUGACAAACAUCAGUAUCAAUCAGACACGUUUUCCAUUGUACACAAAUAUUCUUUGAAAUCAAUAUCGACACAUCUGUUGUGGAUCAGAAUAUCCCCUGGAUUUUAAUGUUUCUAUUUGCUUGAGAAGGCAUCUAAUUAAUGGAUGCUCACAUUACUGAUUUGGAUUGGGAGACUUCAAGUGACAGCAGCAGCAGUGAGGAUCAAGAGGAUAUUGAUUUUCCAUUUGGUGGACAAGCUCGGAGCAUACUAUCAAGUUUAGAAGAAAGCAUUGGGAGGAUUGAUGAUUUUCUCUCAUUUGAGAGGGCAUUUGUCCAUGGGGAUGUGAUCUGCGUCUCCUCAGACCCAUCCGGGCAAAUGGGGAGGGUCACAAGUGUUGAAGUGUUAGUAGACUUGGAAAAUGUUCAAGGAAAGAAAUUAAGAAAUGUGAACUCCAAGAAACUUAUGAAGAUUCGCUCCAUUUCAGAAGGUGAUUACGUAAUUAAGGGGCCAUGGAUUGGUCGGGUUCAGGGGGUAGUAGACAGAGUGACUAUAUUGUUUGAUGAUGGAACUAAAUCUGAGGUCAUUACCUUGGAAAAAGAUAAGCUUUUACCACUGACUCAUAAUUUUCUUGAGGAUUCACAGUAUCCAUUCUAUCCAGGGCAGAGAGUGAAGGUUAAGACCUCCAAUGCUUCCAAACCAGCUAGAUGGCUGUGUGGCACCUCGAAAAACAAUCAUGAUGAAGGAACUGUUUGUGCUUUGGAAGCUGGUUUGGUGUAUGUUAAUUGGCUGGCCUCUAUUCGCUGGGGUUCCAAUUUGAAUGCAAAUGUUCCUCCAUGCUGGCAAGAUUCCAGAAACUUGACCCUGUUGUCCUGUUUUUCACAUACAAACUGGCAACUUGGUGACUGGUGCAUGCUCCCAGUUGUGGACCAAAAGGAACACAUGAUUCAAGAUGCAUCUACCUGUGAUCUUUAUAAUGAGCAAAGUAUGGCUAGAGGGUACAAGAGAAGAAGCUUUAACUCUAUCAUAGGGGAAUUAUUUGUAAUUGAGAAGAUAAAGACCAAAGUUGAUGUUGUUUGGCAAAAUGGUGAACAUGAUUUGGGGUUAGAUCCACACAACUUAAUCCCAGUGAACGUCAUAAACACUCAUGAAUUUUGGCCCCAGCAGUUUGUGCUGGAAAAAGGUGCUUCUGAUGAUCCUCUUAAACCUGGCAAUCAAAGAUGGGGAGUUGUUCUUUCCAUGGAUGCUAAAGAGCAUACUGUAAAGGUACAGUGGAAAACUGUUCCCACAUCUGAGACAGAUAAUUUGGCUGGAGAAACAGUGAUGGAAACUGUGAGUGCCUACGAGCUUGUUGAGCACCCAGAUUAUUCCUGUUGUUUUGGUGAUAUUGUGUUCAAGGCGGCUCAAAAACAGCUUGAUUACCAAGCUGAUAAAAAUAAUGCAAAGUCCAUGACUGAUUUGAAUGAGGAGGCUCCUCCGAUAAACCGGGACCAAACAUGUUAUCAGAAUAAUUCUGUAGACAACAGUUACCUCUCCUGUAUUGGCAAUGUUACUGGUUUCAAAGAUGGUGAUGUUGAGGUGAAAUGGGCUACUGGUUUAACAACCAAGGUUGCACCUUACAAAAUUUUUCGAAUUGAUAAACAUGAAGUUUCAACUGUAACCCCUGUUCCUUAUGAAACAAAUGUCGAGGAGUUGACUCAAGAGAUGGUUGAACAUAGAAGUCUAACUUCUGAACAGAAGGGAAAGGACUUGUUAGAUUGUAAUGGCAAUAGAGAUAAUUGUGAAAAGCAUCCAGGGGCGAGUAGUUCCUCUUCCCUUCCUCAAGCUGCCUUUGAACUUUUCUCCAGCAUUAAGGCCAGCAUAUUCCAAACACUUGGUGUAACAUCACUUUCCAGAAAAUUCUCCUCAGUUCCUACGUUUGAAGAGGGAAACGAAUCUAAUUUUCUUGGUAAGAAAGAUAUGGACACCUGCGGCAAUGACCCUGAAUCACGUCCUGUGAGCACGGUACAGUCUUCUGAGGACAUAACUCCAUAUUGUGAAGUUAUCAAGACUCGUGAGAGGAAUGAUUUUCCAGUUUCUUUAGACAACAACAGUUCAGAUCAGUUGAAACAGUUUGAUGUGAUUGAUAAUUGCUCAGACCACCACUUUUUUGACGAGGGGAAAGGGUUGUCAUUGUCUCAGGUUAAAAAGGAUUGGGUGAAGAAGGUACAGCAAGAAUGGAACAUCCUGGAGAAAAAUCUUCCUGAAACUAUUUAUGUCCGCGUUUUUGAAGAAAGAAUGGAUCUCAUGCGAACAGCCAUUGUUGGUGCAUCUGGGACACCUUAUCACGAUGGACUUUUUUUCUUUGAUAUACGUUUCCCUCCUGAGUAUCCCAGUGAACCCCCUAUGGUGCAUUACAAUUCUGGUGGACUACGAUUAAAUCCUAAUUUGUAUGAGUCAGGGAAAGUCUGUCUGAGUCUCCUAAACACUUGGAGCGGCACAGCCACCGAAGUGUGGAACCCUGGAGCUUCCACAAUUCUUCAAGUCCUUCUUUCUCUGCAGGCCCUUGUCCUUAAUGAGAAGCCUUAUUUCAACGAGGCUGGAUAUGAUCAACAAAAAGGCAGAGCUGAAGGGGAGAAAAACUCUGUGAGUUACAAUGAGAAUGCUUUCCUUGUCACCUGCAAAUCCAUUUUGUAUCUGUUAAGAAAGCCUCCAAAGCAUUUUGAGGCAUUGGUGGAAGAGCACUUUAGACAACGGUCCAAACAUAUACUUAUGGCUUGUAAGGCAUAUCUUGAAGGAGCUCCUAUUGGAUGUGCUUUUGGUGGUGGAAAAACUGAGCAUGAAAACCAAAAGGGAACUUCUGCUGGAUUUAAAAUCAUGCUUGCUAAGCUCUUUCCCAAGCUUGUAGAGGCAUUUUCUGACAAGGGAAUUGAUUGCAGUCAGUUUGCUGAGAUGCAAAAGUAACUGUUCUACCUUGUAGAGGAAAAUAUUCCAACCUUAUGUGUAAUAUUAAUUUGUUUUUACUUAUUUGUAUAAUAUCAAAUACCGAUAUCCUCUUGCAAACCACACCCUUUCCAAAAUAAAAGAGGUGUUGAAGAUGCAAUGAAAAUAAAUACCUUGUGGCAUGUGACUAUGUGUAUCAGUGUAUGUGUCAUAUAUGGCUUGAAUAUGUGAAAAUGUGAAAUAAGAGAAACAAUGAUUGGAGUAAUUUGCUU